UCAGUUCAAGGGAAGUAAAUAUGAACGGGAGAGGCGGGAAGUUGUUACCUUGUCCCCAAACACCAGUUUAGCAGAUGCACAGAUGUUCACUUGAAUAUUGGACAUAACUUCGAAGAUGCCCCCUAAGCAGCAGUUAGACAAGGCUGCCUGGCAAUGGGCAGAGACCGUCAACCCGGAGGAUGUUAGCCAGGAACAUGUGGAGAUUGCUUACAGAUUUAACCUCAAACGGUGCAAGGCCCAGAUCUGCAAGAGAAACUGUAAAGGGAACCCACACUGCCUAAACUGUAUUGGUGAGAGAGUAUGGUUUGGAGAAAUCGACGAAAACAGUUGGCAUGACAUAGAGGAUCCAAAUUCAGAACGACGGGAAGAUGGCAUGUUUGUGGGGUUAAAAAACUUAGGAGCUACUUGUUAUGUGAACACUUUCCUACAGUUGUGGUUUCACAACAAGACAGUUCGACAGGCUUUGUAUAGAUACAGAGAGAUCGGACUUGACCAGGUCAAUAUCACCGAGGACAGUUGGGCUCCCAGUAGUAUAGGUGGUCAUCUACAGUUGUUAUUUGCCUUACUAGAGCAUUCUGAGCGUCAGUUCAUAGAUCCAAAAGUGUUCAUUGAGCAUCUAGGUUUAGAUGCUGGCCUUCAGCAGGAUGCACAGGAAUUCUCCAAGCUUUUCCUGAACCUCUUAGAGGACUCUCUGUCCCAGCAGCUGGAUCCCACUGUCAGGUUUGUCAUACAGAACCAGUUUUGUGGAGAGUAUGCAUAUGUUACAACCUGUAGCCAGUGUGGAAAUUCUUCUCAGUGCCCCUCUAAGUUCUAUGAGCUGGACCUAAGCAUUAGAGGACACAAAACUCUAGAGGACUCUCUCAAGGACUUCCUAAAAGAGGAAAAACUUGAAGGCGACAACCAAUACAUGUGUUCAGUGUGUUCCAAAAAGCAAAAUGCCAUUCGCACUAUACAGCUUCAGAACCUUCCUCCCGUCCUUAAUCUACAGCUGCUGAGAUUUGUGUUUGACAAAAAAACAGGACACAAGAAAAAACUCAAUAGCUUCAUUCAAUUUCCUGAGGUGUUGGACAUGUCCAAAUUUAUUGUCAAGAAACCUAAAAUUGUGAAAGAGAAUGAGAUAGAAAUCAUAGAUAUUGACCCUGUUGAUGAUGAUAUGGAAGGCAAUGCCCUGUACAAUCUAACAGCGGUGCUUAUUCAUAGGGGCCCCACUGCCUAUAGUGGCCACUACAUCGCCCACAUCAAGGACAUGAACUCGAAGACCUGGUACAAAUACAAUGAUGAGGAAAUAGAGAAAAUGAAAGGGUCAAACCUGCACCUUGGUACUGAAGAUGACCCUCAAGAAGGUCAAGGUAAGCAGAAAGGCCGGAUCCCUAAAGGAAGUCAUGGGUCCAAGAAUGCCUACAUGUUGGUCUAUACACGUCAAAAGGAGGUGGAGAACAACUCCUACAGCAAAGAGGACAGCAUUGUAUCUAGAAGUCUAAUCCCUCAACAUAUCAAGGACUAUGUAGACAUGGACAAUGAAAAGUUUGAAAUGUGGGUUGCUGAAAUGAUGCUGAUGAGAGAUCGUAACAUUGAGACAGGAAAAGAACAACAGGAAUUGACUAAAGAAAUUUACCUGAAGCUUAUAGCAGAGGAUGUUCCUCCCAGCAAAAUGGAAUGGUUGGGGCUCAAGUGGCUCAACACGUGGUUAGAGGAGCCGUCUAAGGCCCCUGCCAUAAACAACAAGGUGUUCCUGUGUCAACACGGCAAGUUGGACCCCCACUGUGCCGUUAAACUUAAGUGCGUGAGUGCCGCUGGAGCCAACAUGUUGUUUAGUCAGUAUCAUGGGGGUCCCCGUCUCAAGGUUACAGAUUCUCUGUGCCUUACCUGUGUGAAACAGCAUUGCAACAUGAUAAGAUUAAAAAUCAAAAUGGUUGAUGAUGAGAAAUUUCUUGGUACCUCUAUGAAAGUGAACAAUAUUCAAACAAAUGUCCCAUCAUUUUGGGUUGGGAAGGCGUCACUGCGAAGCUGGAAGAGAUUAGCUAUGGAGAGGUUGGAGGGAACCAGACAUGACAAAGAGAACAGGGGUGAUGGGGUUGAAGGUCAUGAUGAAGAGGUCAAAGAGGAACAGACAGGUUCACCUAGGCAUAAUAUGGAAAACAAAGAAGUAGUAAAUGGUGAAGUUGAACACAACUUAAAAAGCUUUACAGAAGAAGCCACAACAUCGAACAAUCGCAAUGAAUCUGUGAAAGAAGACGAGGAGGAGGAAGAUGGUUCAGAUUUGAAAUUUAACUUUGAUGUUUUAUGUGAUCAUGACAAACUAGACCCUGACAUUUCAUGUCGAAAGCUUAUCCCAGAUCAUGUCUGGGACAGACUGAGGAAGUACUUUCCAGACUGUCCAGAAUUUCCGCAAGACACGCCAUCCUGUGACCUAUGCAAUAAGAUGAACAAAGAGGAACAGGAAAGCAAGGAAAUGCACAAGCUGCUAGCCACAAAGCAGAAAGCUGCACUAAGUGAACUCUUCGCCGAUAAAAAACGUCCAAUAAAUUUAAAUACUCCACAGGAAGUAAAUGUAGUUAGUGCUGCUUUUGUGGAAGAAUGGAGAAAUUUUAUUCGGGAGCCUCUGAAAAGAGAACCAGUGAAGGAGGUACUCAAUUGUACUCUCCUGUGUAACCACUUAAAGUAUCUGUACCCACCAGCAAACUCUCAUCCUGACCUGGUUGACCACGGAGGUAAGGUUGUCUAUUUGUGGCCACGAGAGUGGGAGGUGAUCUCACAAACCUUUGCUGUAGAUUACGAAAUCAGCAUUGUUAAAACCCAGGAUGAAGAUGGCACAGUGAUGGUGUUCACCUUGCCCGAGGUCUGUGUGGAUUGUGUGGAUGACAGAAUUGUGAAAGAGGAACAGGCAAAAUUUGAGUUCAAGGAUGCAACAGUGUAUGUAAGGAAAGUCCCAAAAGAUCAAAAGCUUGUGAAUACAACAGACAUGGAAAAAGAGGAUGACCCAGAUUUUGUCCAGCAAAAUACUAACAAAUCCAGGGCAAGUUUUGAAGAACCACCAGAGAAAAUGAUGAAACUUGAAGAUGGAACGAGACGUAAAAGUCAACGUCACAGAAAAUCAAGGGGUGAAAAAGAGUUGAAAGUAUCUUCAACAGACACAUUAAAAGAACUUAAGCUGCAGAUUAUGAAGCUGUUUUCUGUGCCUCCCUUUGACCAGAAUCUGACGGUGUCGGGUGUGAGUCUGAUGGACGACACUGCCACACUUGGGAGCCUAAUGGUGUCUCCUGGAGCGGUAAUCAUGCUCCAGGCUGAUGAGCCGGUGGAGGACCCUAUGGUCUUACAAGAUCUCAUCCAGGUUUCAUCUGGCCCCGAGGCUGGCUUCAAAGGGACAGGACUGUUAGGGCAUUGAUGUAUACAUGUCUUAUUAACUCUCCUUAGAAAGGCACAGAUAUGUUUUGAUUUUAAUUACUGUAGUAUUUAUUUAGAAUGGUAAACUUUUCUAUUUAACCCUUUAGUUACUUUAGUAGACUCUACAUUGCAUUGAUAUGGAUGAGUUCAUUAUGGUCUACAGUGGUGAAAGGGUUAAACCAAAAAGAAAAGAUGGACAUGAAAUUUAGACCAUAUCAUAUAUAUGUAAUUUGUAACACAUGUAUGUAUACAUGCAAUCAUUAGACCAUUUCAAAGAAAAAGUGUUUUACAGAAAUAUUACAUGUUCUCACUCUGCCUUAAAUUGAAUUUGUAUUGUUAAAUGUUGUUUCAAGUCUUAUAACAUUGUGGAAUAUAUCAACACACUGGUAUGUUUAAUGCUGUUAAUUAGUUGUUAUUGUAAAAAAAUGUACAUAUGUAAAUAUAAGAAAAAUAACCAAAGUGUGUGCCCUAGGGGGUACUUUUAUUAUAUAUACAACAGUGCUAGACCAGCUUGGGCAUAGUACUGCUAUGCAGAUAUAGAGAAGUAUGUUAUAUUAGGAUACCUUUACAUAUGUAUUGAAAAUAAUUAAAUAUAAUUUAACAUGAUUAAAUCCAAGAAAAAGUAUGACAAU